AUGGACCACUUCCCGGGAACUUGGGGUCGACCCAGGAACGAUGUUUACGGCGCCUACGAUCCCACAUAUCUUCAGACCACGGGUCCUAAGACACACACCUCGUCGCCGGCGGUGACGGGAACGUCCGUCAUUGGUGUGAAGUUUAACGGUGGUGUCGUUCUGGCCACCGACAACCUAGCUUCUUACGGAUCCCUGGCACGCUUCACUGAUGUUAAACGUCUGCGAGUCUUCGGCGACAACGCCGUUGUCGGCUUCGGUGGAGAUGUGUCCGACAUGCAAUACAUUGAUCGUUUGCUCGAAUCCAUCGAUAUCCGAGAGAACUACUCAACCCAUGGCAACAUGCUCAAUGCCAAGAACCUGCACACUUACCUCGCCAAGGUCUUCUAUAAGCGGCGCUCCGAGUUCAACCCAUUGUGGAACCAUGUCCUUGUUGCAGGCUUCGACGUAGAUGGCAAGCCAUUCCUCAGUUCAGCGGAUCUCCUGGGCACAACCUUCUCCGCUCCUCACCUGGCCACUGGGUUCGGUGCCCAUCUUGCCGUUCCCAUCCUGCGAAGACGGUUCCCUGAAGAGAUGCCCAUUGAAGAAAUCACCCGGGAGGAGGCAGUGUCAGCCUUGAAGGACUGUUUGAAGGUCCUCUUCUACCGUGAUGCCCGCAGUAUCGACAAAUAUUCGAUAGCAGUCAUUACCAAGGAGGGCAUUGAUCUCAAGGAGGAUGAGCAAAUCGAAGGACAGAGCUGGGCAUUCGCGGAGAGAAUUAGGGGAUAUGGCCGUCAAACCAACUAA